AACACGUGUUUGUUUUGCGAGACGAGUUUCAACAAUCUAAGCAAACCAUAACUGAGCUUAGAGAUACGUGUAGUUAUUUGCAACCAAAAUCUGUUUCCAGUGGAAAAUGGCUCAGCUUAAUUGUCCUCCUUGUACGCCUUGUGCAUCCGUGUGCAUUGAACAUCAACCGAUUCAAACGGAAACGUCUGUGGAUAAUCCAUUUCACAAGCCCAGAGAAACAACGGCAGCGGACAUCAAAGACUACCAAAAAGAGUUACUAACGAGCCCGGUCGGAUUGCCAGCAAGCGAUCCGCCUCCGUACCUCCCGCAACGUGCUGGAAACUCGGAUGGGUAUCCUUUGGCGAAACCAAUGGGCCCAAUCGGGCCAUGGGCGACGGGCCGUGUCGAUUGGGGUGCCCUUUCCGGCCAAACCGGCACGCGCCCGGUCGUCAACCAGUACUCCAUUACGCGCUACAGUGUCGACGAGUGGCGCCAAAGAAAUGCGGACAUGAUCAAUGCUUGCGAGACCACCGUAGACCAUAGCAUUCAGGUGGAAAAUGCUAGCAAAAAUACCAUCAUACGAACGUACGCAAUAGCGGACAAAACGCAAACAGAUUGUACGCAGAGUUUGCAUGUGCGGGCUAAAAAUAUCGACGAUUUAAAGUGCGAACUGGAUAGGGCCAUUUCUAGCAUGCAGGAGGAAAUUGCGGCCCUCGAACGGCAACGCCGACGGUUGAAGCAGUCACUGGCAGUGCUACGUAUGCCGGAGGCUAUCGCCAACGAAUGUUUGGAACGCCGUACGGGACGUCCAGAUACGGAGCUGAUUCGAGAUCGUCCAGAGGAAGAGUUGAUACAAGAGAUUAGUUUGAUUUCGGAAAUUAAAGCAAUAUUGCUUCAAACGCUUGCAAACAUUGAGCAGCAGCAAAGUGACAACCGCGCGGUGAGGCAACGAAUGGAGUUUGACUGGAGCGAAAAAAAGGUAGCUCACGAGAAUGAUGCAGUCAAUUGUAAUCUUCGCAAUCAGUCGACGAACACGCUGUUUAAGCCAGGAGCCACCAGAUGCUCUAAUGAGCAAUCGACUGAAAUCUAUUGGGAAAAAUUUACCCGUGAAACAUUGGACAUGUAUCACAACUGUCGCCACAAGUCGGAACAAUUGCGGAACACACUCGAUGCGAUACUUACGAACGCUGCAAGAGAUUUGCGCACCCAAGCCGAUAGCGUCGAGCGGGCGUUAGCAUCCCGUAUAUCGUGCAUGGAGGAAAUUCGUGAAAAGCUGGAGAUUGAUCUUCGCACUGUCCUACAGCAUCUAGCAGACACCGAAAUUCAAAUCGAUAAGCUGAAGGUUGCCAUCAGAAACAUGGACUACGCGAUGAUGGUUGUCCAAACGCGGCUGGAUAAUCGCAAUCAACGACCGAGGGUGGAAAAUUGUCGGGAUCAGCCUCAAAAUUUGCUGAUUGCAGAAGUAAAAUCCCUCGAGGUGGGCUCUUCGGCCAUGAACGCUCAGCUCAAACAGGAAGAGGACGUCAAGCAGGAGCUUGUCAAUCGCCGCAACGAACUCGAACGCGAAAUCAUGCUCAAGCGGCGCACUAUCGCCAUUGAUCGAGACCGUUGCCAGUUGCUGCGGUCGCAUUUUCCUUCCUCUACCGCUUUGAGCGGAUAUUGAGAUGUGUUCGUGGUAUUUUGAAGCGUUUGAUUUGCACAUUUAGCGAUCAUUCUUUAUUGACGCUUUCCUUGGCAACAGGCUGGUUGCAAUCAAUUGUUGACAAACAAUUCCCAGCCCAUCCAUUGCACGAGUUUGAAUGCUAAAUACACUGGCACGAGCGUUAGCGAAAUGUA